CCGACCGGGCAGACGAGUGUGUAGCUUCAGUCAGUACCUUGUGGGCCAUCACGCCGUUCGCUAUGUAGUCCGUACCUACCUCGGUUUAUGUUGUUGAUGGUUGUUUUAUCCAGAGGGCCGUGUGAUAUUCCGAUUUUGGUGUCGAGUGAUCGUUGAUUUAUACCGGGCAUUUGAAACUUCAGAUAACGUGAGGUUUCUGGUGCUGUGAUGACUUCGCUUCCUCAAAUUUUCACCUCCUCCUAUAUUGGUCUAGUGAGAGUUUGAAUUCAUCCGCGUGAAGUUACGUUGAAGGCAGUGAUGCGUCACGCAUGAAUCAUAGGUCCGAAAUGGCUGUGUGUGAAUGUGUACGUGGUGAAAAACUUCCUGUGAGAUGGGCGUGAUCUAUCUGACAGUGCUUCGAAAGGGCGGGUGUUCGCACAUCAUCAAGAGCUGAGGCGAUUAAAGGACAUCUGCUGAACUGGCGCACCCAAGGGUCCAACCGGAUAACGGAAGCGAAGACGCGAUGGCAAGGAACCAGAUGGCACAGGUGAUUGCCUUCAUCUGUGGUCUGAUUGUGAUCAUUCUCAUGAUUAUGGCCCUCGCCUCAACAGACUGGCUUAUGUCUAUUGGAUGGAGGCAAGGGCUCUUCAUACACUGUAUAGAAGAUAACUCACCGAUGCCACUGCCUUUCAAUGUGCAGGACCCUCCAGACUGCUAUCAAGCAAGAGAUGUGGCCUAUAUCAAAGCAGCAGCAGCACUGUGCAUCAUUACGCUGCUGACAGAUAUAGUGGCCACACUCCUGACAGGUAUGGGUCUUCACAGUAAGGACCACAGAACCAAGUACAAGUAUUACCGUGUGGCUGUCUAUAUCAUGGUGCUAUCAUUAAUAUCGAUCCUCAUUGCCUUGGUGAUCUACCCUGUGUGUUUUGCAGCAGAGUUGAGUGAGGGAAACCGCACCGUGUGGGAGUUCGGCUGGGCAUACGGUGUCGGCUGGGGUGCAGCUAUUUUCCUGUUUGGAGGAGUGGUGCUACUGCUGUGUGACAAGGAGUCGGAGGAAAUCUACUACAAGGAGCGUAAGAUUGUUCAUGACAGCGACUCACGAGCCUAGUGCCCACCCGCCCUGCCCGAUGUUGUGCUCUGAACUGCUGCCGUCACUUCAACCCAUGUCAUCACAUGACAACACACGAAGAAGAUCGCUCACUCACUGCCGAGCGGACACAAGUUUCAGUUAGCCAGGUUUUACAUCUCAGUAGGGGACCUGGUGGUCUUUGUGUAAGACACUGGACUCUUCAUUCAGAAAGUUGGGUUUGAUCACUGGACAGGUCUGUGUGCAGAGCUUUCUGCUCAUAGUUUAAAGCCUUCAUUUUUCCAAAUACAAAAAUUUUGAGAGACUGAAAAUACUGGGCCCUUAUCCUAUCAACUGAGUAACAGAAUCCAUGUUAUGGGUGCUUGGAUCCUACACCCUUGCCUAGGACACAGGCCAGGAAGGUCAUCAUGGACGUUACUUAGAGGUAUUGGAUUAAAGCACAAGUCACUAACACACACAGUCUGCAGGUCAUUGAAGUGAAUGACAACACUGUUGUAUAGAUGGUCUCGGGGUGGUUUGUUUUUGAGGUAGCAACACGUUUAUUGUGCCGAAACAUACAAUGGCUCCUUUGAUUUUGUAAGUCCUUUGUGUUGAAUUUUAUAGAUGACCGAAUAUUUGAAUUUGUUAACUAUUCCGUGCGGAGGGAUACUCUGUGGACCAACACAUUAAUUUUUAUCUAUCAUAGAUGUAUUAUGUACAUCAUUGCAGCCUGUUUUAUUGCUGGUUUUAAUAUGCAGACAGAACAUUUACCUGUGAAUACAGGUACGAACUUACAUUUUCACAAAAUACAUUUUCUUGACUCAUGUAUUAGGUGUAAACAUUGUUUCUCAUGCAGAAUGCAGAGAUUUGCAUUGCAGGUGAUCCUGCACUGUGGGGGUUAAUGCCAAGUAUUGUAUAAAAGAAAAUAGCUAACUAACUAACUAGAUGGCUUACGGAACCCGAAGGUUCAUCACCGAACUAACCAAAGCCGUCUAAAAGAAAAACAAAUUUUUAUCAGAGUCAAAGAAAACUCAUUUAGUACUUGAUGAAAAUCUCAAGGGAAGGCAAAAGCAUGUCUAUAUAGUUUUGUAAAAUUAUUUAUUUUAGUUUUAUGAGCACAGUUGUAAUGUCUGUUAAAUACUGCAUCAUAAUUAUGGCUGAGGUUUGUAUGAUGAUGGUGACUGCAUCUGUAAUGAGGAUUCUUGAUGUAUUUCUUCUUAGCUUGAUAGCUCAGUAUUGGAUGUAACUGGCAGUAGUAGUAUAAUUGGGGGUGGGCGGAGUAGAUGUUACUGUUUGAUCUUAAACCACUAGCUGAAACUUGUGUCCUUUGUCUGGAAAGUACAAUGAUUUUGAUCAACCAGGGAUCACGUGUAAUGUGUGAGUGUGUCUGCCAUGCUGUGUUAUGUGGUUUCAUUGGAGGAGAAGUCAACUGUUUUAUGUUUAUUUUUGUUUUUAUCAUUUUGUUAAAGAUGAAAGACAUGGUAGAUGUGUGUAUAUGAGGGUGCGGACUUCACUCAGAAUGAAAACUGAAAGGAGUCUGAGUUACAUGCAGGCCUGUGCAGUGGUUUCACAACCAUUUUCAGUCUUUUGAUUUCAGAAGAUAAAUAAGAUAGUCUGAACUACCAUCUGUUGAAUGGCAAAACAGAAAUGUGACAAACUUAUGGUUAUGGGUAUACAAUUGCAGCAUGUCUUAUCUUACAGUUGGAAUCCAAUAACCUUCAGCAACAUGCCAAAACAAAAUCUAUUAACACUAUAAGUCACAUUCAAGGAGCUCCUGAUGAUGGAAGAAUAAGGCACUUCAUAAGCAUAUUUGAAUAUGACGUGAGUUAUAAUGAGGGAAACGUUGUCUUGAAUUACUAGUACUGAAUUUUUGUGUUCUUAUGUAGUUGCUUUCUCAAUUUGGAGUUGUUACGGCAAUGUAAAAUCCAUCUCCCUACGCUUGAUUUUUUUACCACCUUAUAUUGGCAUAUUAUUGGUUUUGUUUCUUAUGUAUUAUAUUGUAAUGUAUUUUCACUUGUAAAUUUUAGUUGCUGCUUAAAUGUUGGGUUGUAAAUGCAUGAAGCCAUAGAGCGUUGGUGACAUUCAUCUUUUUCAUGAAUGUGAGCAAGUCCAAAAUUAUUUUGUUCUUCCGACACUAUUCCUUGGGAUUAUUUCUGGGAUUUACAAACUUACAUUUUUUCUGCAUUGCAUUGAGAUUAAAUAUUGUUUUUGGUCAUGGAGAUAAAUUGUUACAUACUGCAAGACAUAAGAAAAUUCUCCCUUUAUUCACUGUCAUUGAUUUUCCACUUUAAAUUUCUUUUGAAGUAAACUGUGAAGGGAAUUGGAUUCAUACUGUGUAGAAAUGUAAUGAGGAAAUUAUAUGUUGGACUUGUUCCGCAGGAUGUUGUGUGGAAAUUGAAGUUAAACUGGAGGAAUUAAACAUUCUUCCUUAAUAACUGAAAAUAUUCCAAUGUUUCAAAAUUGUUAGUAUUCAGAACAGUUUGUUUUCAACAUCAGCAAAUGAUUAGUCACAAGUAUAACUUUCUUUAUGCAUAUAAUGUGGUGUUUCAUUCUUUUGUUUUAGAAAGAGAUGCACAAACUGUUGAUCCCAUACCAUAAAUUUUCUUCAUACAGUGAAAGUGUUUGAUUUUAUUUUUGAAGUUUUAUGAGAAACUUUGAUACAUGUUUAAAGUAACUAAUCAUCUUCACAGUCUCCAAGCAAAUUGGUCGUACAAAGCCGAUAUGUUUGUAGCUAUAUGCAGUCUCUGAGCCUGUCAUGUUAGUGGUUGGGUGACUGUCAGCUGUAAUUAAAAGGUUUUUUCUAUGUCUCAUAUCAGAGACAGUUUACAACAGUCAUCUUUUUGCCAUAUUUCAAAUCGGCAAUUCAGCGAUUUUAUUACCAGACAGCCCUUAUUUUCUAAACAAAAUGAAAUAUCACCAUUUGCAGCUGCAGAUUGCAUUGUGUGCGCUGUUCUUGAUCCCAGUACUGCCAUCCACUGUCCAAUGUUAAUAGAGUCUGUUGCUGUUUGGUAACGGCAUUGUAACAAAAGCCAGGUGCAUUACUCACUAAAAUUUUCUACAGUCUCAUUUUGAAACAGGCCUCUAUAAUUUUCUUGUCAAUCUGAGAUGGUGACUUAUAAGAAAUGGAGAUGCUUAUACAGCAGAGGUAUGCCUUCUGUACAAGCUGAAGGUCUCAAAAUGAUUAUAGGUUCAGCUGCAUCUACUUUAACAUUCAUUUUUGCCAUUUGUGGGUUUCGUAUGAUUCUUUGAAGUAUGAAUUGAAUUUUUAAAUAGUUUUUGUGCAAGCUUUGGUUUCAAAGGGUUAUUCAGUUAAACAAGUUCAAAAUAGUUUGUUAUUCUUUGCAUGUAAGCACUUUUACAUUUUUGUAAUAUGAAAAUUAGCCAUUUUUAGCAACACACACUUAGUGUCAUCGCGUGAUAAGUAAGAAAGACUGAAAAUUGUUACAGUAAUUUUAAUCUUAUUUAACUGUUAGAUACUAGACAAACAAAGUGAGGUUAUUGUAGUGGGCAGGGCAGUGAUUUACUAGCAAGAAAUGAAUUAUUUACUGAAGUUUGUUGUCUUCUGGUUUGUAGUGCCAUGUCGUCUGGUGGAAGCUUACCAAGUUAUAGAGAUCCGUGCUGCCUCCCAUCUUCAGGGCAUUGUGUAGCCUUAUUCUUGCUCAUUGCCCUGAUGAUGGAGGUAGCAAUGACCUUUGAAAUGUUGCUAAACUUUAACCAGACUACAUGGCGCUACAACCCAGAAGAUAGACAUCUUCAGAUGAGUGCAAUGAAAAUUUCAAAUCCCACUGAAUUAUAUACUACUGCUACUACUACUACUACCACUACUAUUUUUACAGCUUAUAGAAGAAACAACUACAUUAUAUCCAACUAUAAGAAAACAGGAAAAUUUUAACUUUGUAUGGAUGACAAUAUUAGAAGUGAAAGCCCAUAAGAUCUGUAGUUUAUUUCAUAGGUUGUCUAAGUUCAUUAUUACUAAUUUUACACUAAACUUGUGCAGAAGUUGCAUUAAAAUUCUGUAAAUACUUUUGAAAAUGUUUUAGUUUGCUUCAAAAACCAGACAUGAAAAUGUGAGUUAUGUAGGAAAACUUGAACAUGGAAAGGUAAAAGUAAGACAGUAAGACAUUUAUUUUGAUUGCCACGGCAUGAAGAUGUCUCUCAUCUACCACAAAAAUGUACCAAGAUGUGCCUGUGAUUCAUUUGUACAUAGUAAUUUAAGAUAACUGUGUAGUCAACCAGAUAGAAGCGCAUUGCAAACACCCAUUUGUGAAGCAAUAUCAGGAUGUGAGUGCACCCAAUCCCAUGGUACAUGCACAAACGAGAGGCCAGGAAGAAUAACAUGGACUGUACUAUGGACAGAGUAAAAAAAGAACAGAUACAAAAUUUUGUCUGCUGAUAAAGUGAAUUGUAAGUCAAAAUUUUGAAAUGAUGACAUCACCAGAUUCAUUACUUGUGAUUGCUUGGCAGUGUUCCCAGAUGCUCAGGUCUCAGAUACUGUUUGAAGGGAUUUCUUAUUGAUUAAACAUGUAUUUUGGUAACUCAUUCAGUUGGGUGAAAAACUAAAUUUAAGAUGGAAGCUUCUAAUUUCCUCUUCAUUACAGUGAGAGCAAGUGUGCAUGUGUGUGUGUGUGAGUAAGCGAGUGUCUGAAUUGGUUGAAACAACUCGGGCAGGGUAGGUUUGUUCUCUAUUGUUUAACUGACAUUGAAUAUGAAAUACAUUGUUAACUGAACGUGAAACCAACAAGACACUCUUCUUUACAAAGCCAAGAUUAAUUGUAGAGACAUAAUAUGGCCAAUGGAGAAACAUUUUCAUGAGAAAGGAACCUGUACUAUUAUAUAAGAGAGAAUAAAUAUUUACAGUAACAAUAAGAGUAAUUAUAAUUGUACGUAUCUUGUGAUCAGGUAAUCAUAUAGUCAUUCAACAAAGGAAGAACAUUGAUUGUCGUCAGUACAGUACUUUCAUCAAUGUAAUGUUCAUGUGGUGAGACUGGAUUAUGAAUGCAGAUUAUGUAGAAUGGUAAAUUUUUGGUUUGUUUGCAAUGUCUAAUACAGAAGAUAAUAUAAUCACUUAAAUUUUCAUAGCCAUGCUAGAAGUUGUCUUCUGAUUGAACUUGAUCUCUGCCUGGAAUAUUACGUUCAUGAUACUGUUUGUGUUACAUGAUCUGCUUGCUCUGUUUAAUGGACUAUAACCAUGUUUUGUAUAUAAUUUAUAUGGAUGUAACAGGUUUUUUUUUUUUUAAAUAUUACUAAGAAAUCCUGUCUUCGCAAAUGUCUGCCACAUAUGAUUCAAAUGGUUACCAUAUCAUUAUAAAAUCUUAACUUCCAAUAUAUCCUGAAAGCUUUUUCUCCUGUGAAGGGGGUUAAGCUUUAUUGCAUUUGAUGUGCUGAAACUUGGGAACCAUUUGUGCAGUGAUUGAUGUCAACAUCAAUUCAGUUGUUACACGGAAGGAAAUUAUCAUGGAAUUAGUUCUGUGUGUUAAGUAAACCACAAUGGAGAAUCUGUUUCUGAUUCAGUACAUAUACAACCAUCAGUAUCAGUUGUGAAAUAUUGUUUUUUAUUCUGAGCUUCUGAAGUUAUGUCAGAUUGCCCCAUCUGCAUAGAUAUACCAUUUGUAAUAGCAUUUGGUUUUAAUGUGUUUACACCUAAUUAUUUUCAGCUUGCAAUUUAUAUGUUACAUUCCCUUGUACUGUGUACGCAAGUAAUUUCUGAUGUUGAGAUAUUAUUGUGUUUGUAUGUAAAAAAAAAAUUGGAAACUUUUGGCUUCAGGUACAGUUGUUGCAAUUUGUUUAUUAUGUGUCCUUCCUGUUGUAACAGUUAUUUGUUUUGUGAAUACUCUAAUGCUAAAAUUUGUGUUUGUAUGUAACCAGCAGUUCAUCUUCUCACAGGUAAUUUCAGAAACAUGUUAUGAAGCUGUUUAUGUCUGUUACCAUCAUUUAGGGGUAUGGUACCCAAUUUUUGCUUUUAAAGUAUGCAAACAUAACAUUUCUGGGGAGCAGUCAUCUACCUGGUUAUAGAACCUGUGUUCAGUGAAGUUCUCAGUUGUCCCAUCUGUUCACAAACUAGAGUCACUUAAAUCUAGUUCACAUUCUCUUUGCGUAGUUCUAAGAUAUCCAGUUUGUACCAUCUCUGAUCUUCUCAGUCUUCCAAACCAAGAGAUGGUGAUCAAAAGGACUUUCAUUGAUAGGGGUAAUUACUUUAGCAAACCCACAUGAUUUAUAUUUUUUAAAUCGACAUAUCACGAUCAUUUAUAUAUGGAGUAAUUGUAUUUCUGUUUCCUUGGCUUUUGUAGACGUCUUAAAAUUAAUCUCUAAUUAAUAUUUUUCUGUACAGCAUGUUAUCAUGACUUUUAUAAUAUUAUGUUAUCAGAACCAUUUUAUAUAAUUUUUCAUUGCUUCCUGAUAAGAAAAAUGCUGAAUGUUGUGGUCAAGUGGUUAUCAUUUCUUUGUAUUCCUGAAGUCCAAGGUUUAAAUCUAGCUUAGACAGGAUUUUCAUGGUGUUCCUAAAUUCCUCUGGGCAGAAAAUGCUAGGAUAGUACCUAGAAUUAGGCCAGGAUAAUUUAUUUUCAUGUCCUUUCCAAUUCAUUAUUCGUGCUGCAUAUUCGGAGUUACUGACAGUGUCAUUAAGUAAACUGCAAUUAAAUAACAUAAGAACAGCUCAUGAACAUGCUAAAUCUCUGUUCCCCUGUGCAGCUUCAUAGUGUUAUGAUUGGGUAGGUAUAUUUAUUUGUCAGAACAUUACACAUUUUACAUGAACUACAUUGCUUUGAAUUAAUUUUUUCUAAUCAGUGUUAUGUUAUUCUUGAACUACCUGUUGGGCCUUGUUGCAACUCAGGAUUAAUUUGAGACAGUGAAUCUUAUUUAAGGAUUAUGAUAGUUUUCCUUGAAUGGGAGAUCAUUAAGGUAGAGAUGGUUUUCCAGAACUUGGAUGUGUGCUCCAGAUUUAGUAGAAUGGGGAUAAGGUGACCAGUAUAUUUAUAAAGGACUUGAGAAUCAUGGUAGAUGUCACAUUAUUUAGGUCUGUUUUUUUAAUGUUACUUUUUCAACACUGCCAUUCUGAGCAGCACUGGACACAGGCUACGAGUCAUAAUUUCUUAUCACUGUACGUAUUUAAGUCAGUUUUGUGAAUUCUCCUCUAAUGCUGUAUUACUAAUUUCUUAGUUUGGGACGACAUCCUUUGUUGAUGACAUUAUUAUAAUUUCCAUCAUCAUCAGAUUAUCAAAUCACAACAUUUCAAAGGAAGGAUCGUCCGUCAUGUUAAGGAGUCUGAAGGGGGUGAUACUGAUUCUAUCAUAUUUAGUAGACCAAGCUUCUCUCAAUCUGUAGACCACAGAUUGAGAGAAGCUCAUUGUACAAAAUCUCUCACACCAAAAUCUUGCAGUUGAAGCAAGAUUCAUCCUUUGAAACAUUUUGAUUUUCUAACGGUGAUUAAUUGAUGACAAAAUCCAGAACAAGGAAAUUAACAGUUCAGUGAAGAUUGUUCUAAGAAAGUGAUGGUUUGUUUUAAUUUGACAGUAAUGAUAUGUAGACAGUCUAAGGUACAUUUGAAGUUCCCUUCUUCAGUGUGACAAUUCAGAGAGCUGGGGAAAGACUUUUUACUUCUAUCAUUCUACUGAUAUAAUUUGGUCAGGAAACUAGUAGGUUAUUCUGUAAUUUUAGUGUACUCAAGAUGGUAAAUUUAUGAAAAGUAUUUUUAUACUACAGUGUCAAACAUCAUAAAUUUAAAAUUAGGAGUCUUUCAAAACAGUAGUUACACUAUCUUUAGGUGCUGUAGUAUGUAACUGUGUUAAAAGAUGGGAAAUAUGGAAGUACAUGCCAAGUGGCUGUGCUGUGGUUCAGGAUAGGUUAGCCAUGUGCUUCUCUGUAGAGCCUUGGGUUCAUGCCAAGGUCAGUGUGAGGGAUUUGUGAUGUGCUGUGUGGCACUGGGACAUUUUCUCAAAAUUCUUCAUUUCUUUCUGUUUCACGGCUGCUGCUUUUUCAUCUGUGUGUCAUGCGGGCGAUGGGUAAUGGGUCAUUCACUGGUGGCCAUAGUCCUAUAGUUCCCCCUUUACAACAGUAUCAGUGCACUGCAAAUGUGUAUGCCCAUUUUUGGCCCUAGGGAUUGGUCCAUUGCAAGGCUCCACCAUCUUCAGAAAACACUGAGAAAAAACCUCCAUGCUGCUGGCAGAAUUCAAACCCACAAAAACAAUGUCCAGAUGAUUUGAAGUUAAACAGCCUUUAAUUUUACAGUUAAUAUUUUUAAAAUGUAGAAGUACAUUUGAUGCCAUGUGUGUGUCUAAGCAGCUGGUCAAGGAAUUUCCACGUAUGGAAUUUGCAUGCCCUUCUCUGAUCAAAAAAUUGCACCCUGUUAAGCUAUAUUUUGAGCUGCUGAACUACCUGUAUGUCCAUAAACAUCUGUGAUGGUAUAAAUGCAUUAAAUAUAUGUGUAGAUGGGGCAUAAGAUAUAUUCAGUUAUAAUAUCACAUUUUAUCAAGUAUGAGACGUUUCACUAUUACUUGAACAGCACAAGGAUCAUCACAUUGUAUAUAUAUAAUAAUAUUAAUAUGUCUUUUAUAUAUUAUUGUACAAAGUGAUAUGCUGAUUUUUUUAAAAUCUGUAAAUGUGUAUGAAACAUAUUUUAUAAGGCAACAGUACUGUUGUGCAUAUCAUAUUAUACUGAAAUUUGGAUUGCAAAGUGCUUGAUUUUAACCUGAUUUGGAUUUUAAAAUGCAGUUAUUUGAAUCCAGAUGUCUGUCAUGUGUAAUGUAAAGAAUUGUUUAGCCAAACAUUAUUGCUGAUGCUUUGUAGACAUAAUUUCCUUUUCUUGGGAGCAGUUUAUAUCUCUAGUCAGUUGGUAUUUUAGUUUAGUUUAUAUAUUUAUCUUUUUCAAAUAUAUAAAUUAUAUAUUACUUUUAUGCCACAGUGUUACAUGGUUUUCUUGCACUUGUUUCCAAGCACUUUAAUUUCAGAAACUUGAUUUAUAAUCUUCCUAUGUACUAACUCGUGCUUGUUAUACUGGCAUCGGUUCCUGCAAUGUGCCCUAUGUCCUAAGUGAAUAUACUUUAGACCAUUAUUCUUGUCGUGUUUGAAGAGGCAAAUAUUUUGAAACCUUAACGAUGUAUUUUAUCUGCGAAAUAUUUAUUUUCUUUAAUUUGCAGUACCUGUUUGUGUAGAAAAGACAUUAUUUUUGCUUGAAUUAUAAUAGCGCCAAUAUUUUAUUGUUGUAUUAACCUAGGAUUGUAUAUUUGGGAGAUGGUGUCAACACUGAUUAAGUCAUUGAUUUGUAUUGUACAUUACUGCUUCAACCGAGUUCCUUUCAAGUGUAAUGUCACAUACAUCAGAGGUAUAUACCGCAACUCCAUGUUAUGCUUGUUAAUAGUAAUUUAUGCAAAGAAAAGUCUAUAGACAGAUUUGUGGAGAGACACAAAGCAGUAACUCCCACCAACAAAGUCAGAAUUUAAGUUUAAAACAAUCAAUUUCAUAUGUCAUUUGGAAUAAAGACAACUGUCUUCUGUUUACUGAAAUCUUGUAAUUGUGAAUCACAGCUACUUUUUGUGUGAAGAUUUGAUUUCAGCAUUUUCAGUGUUAAUGUGUUUGCUUUUUUAGUAUCCAUACUUUUGUUCCUAAAUAUCGUCUUCAACAUUUAAGGGUUCUAUGGGCAAUGUAGAAAUAUUAAAUCAUACAUUCUUCAACAGUAAUCAAACUAUACAAUUCUAGAUCAUGAUGAAAAUUUACAAGCUAAUUUCUGUGAACAGUGUUGAUGAAAAACUUUACAUAUGUUAAUUUCAAGGAAGUAAACUUAAGAGUGUUUAUAUUUUGUAGGACUCUAGUAAUCCACUGCAGUUUCAUGGCAAAAUCAGCAAAGCAUUGCUCAGUUAAAAUAUCUACAGUAUGUAUAAACUUACACACAUUAGAAAAAGAUAGUUUAAGCUUGAGCAUUACAAAUCUGUAUCAUAAUUUAACGUGCUUAACAGGGUGACCACAAGAUCUCUUGUGUUUUUCAUUUUAAUUAGUAGGGAUAUACAAUGAAAAUACCUUAUUUUAUAACUGUCAUUAUUUCACAAAUAUUUUCUGAUUUCUUGAAAAAGUUUUGAUGUCAUUGUGCAAUCCACAUCAAAUAUAUACAGAUGAUGGCAUAUUUUUCCAGUCUUUAAAAUGUUAAUAGCAUCUGUACUCAAUUAUUGAAACGUGGCCAUUCAUUUUCAACGCUUUUCCUUCCCUUGCUGUCUGUGUAACUAAAAGCCCACUUUAUACAUUUGGUGCAUGCAUGACACUGUCUUUAUAUUCUGUCAUGAGUCAAUUUAAAAAAUUGUUCAUGAAUGAAUUAAUUGUAGUGACAAGCCCAUUGUUUGAAAUGUUAUUAAUAUCACUUAAAUCAUUGAUUAAAUUAGACUGUCACCCUUUCUUGUAUACUAGUAACAGCCUUUCGUACAGCUUAUUACGUAUUGUUCUCUCUUCUUUGUGGUUCAGUAAGAGACAUUGGAAUUUCUUUGUUCUGCAGACAUGAUAAUGCCUUUUUUUAAAUGCAGAACCACAUAAUGCCCCUCUCAGCCAGAAUUUACCCAGAAAUCUGCAUGAUAUUUAUUGCUCAGGUUGAGGUUUGAACUGGAUACCUCUUGAAUACAAGCAAUAUAGUACACCUUUGUCAGUCUGUUAAGGUGGAACUUCAGCUUACAUGAAAGAGCAUUGGAAGUACAUUGUAUCAUUCCACACUGAAAUUGCCCUUUGCAGGAUUGUGGAGUGCCACCAGUUUUCAAAUGUCCAUUUUUAUUUCUGUACUGAUGGUCUGCUCUGCAUUCAGUGUAUAUUUCCUUACAGCAUUUAAAAUUAUUAACAUUGGAAAGAACAUUCUCUCUUCACAUUCAAGAUGGCAACAUGUAUUUUUUUUUUUGGAAAGGUUUUUGUGGCUGGAGUUCACUGUAUAACUUUGGCUUUCAGGCAGCAGCCAUGUCAUAUUUUGUGUUGACCAACGUUUUGGUAAACACUAGUUGCCAUUUUCAAGGUGAAUGAGGUGGGGUAAUUUCAGAAGCAGAAGGCGAGGGCGUGCACAGUGACACUUGCACUUGCUUAUCAUUCUUCCUGACUCAUCAACUUUUCCACACCCAUUUUGCAUGGAACCCGUAACACAUACAAAAUCGUUACCCUCAUGGAAUACAAAUCGUAUUUUGGUGCUUCCCGGCCCGGCCUCGUCAUGUUCACUCGUACUUAAAAUACCUUCCAUUCUUCAUGCUAGGCGACCAUCUCGGCUGCCAGCGACCUUCUAGGCUCCGUCUUGUACGUGCCCUUAUAUAUGGCAGACAAUGGGUGCAAGAUGAAUUUGCUGGUGUUUGUUGGUGGAAUGGAGGAGCUUGAUGUUUGAGGAAAGUAGGUUACAGGAAAAUUAUGAGGAGGUUCUGGUGACCAUGUUGAUAAGAUUUGCAGUGAUUGAAUGGAAGGGAGAGUGGUAGCUGUUCUUCAGCCAUGUGGUUGGGAGAUGUGGAAGUAGACCUGUCCUUUUAAGGGCCCAGUGAGGUCAGUCAUUUGGGGUUAAAUAGGUGCAGCCAGUCUUUUCUUAGCCUCUUGUCAUCUUUGUGGUUGAAGUUGUCUGGAUGUGUAAAUAUCUCUGAUACAUCCCUGAUUAUAUGGGGAUGGUAGCUGCUGAUGUUGGCAGUUUCUUCUGUUUUGUUUAAGUCCAGCAAUUGGCACCAAAAAAUUCAUCUCACACCCACUGUCUGCCAUUUUUUGGCCUUCUGUAAUGACCCAACCUCAUUCACCUUGAAACUGAGAACUUCAUUUUUUGCCAGAAUGUUUGGUUAAUGCCAGAUAUCAGUUGUGGCUCUUACCCAAAAUCCAAAGUUAUACGUUUAUAUAUAUUUACUCUAGCACAAGAAAAAUGUAAGAAACUUACUAUUUCAAGUGGUCAUUACAUCAAUCAACAAUUAAAUCUGUGUAAGAAACAUACUUGUGGACUUCACAGAAUUCUAAAAGUAUGAUGGACUUUCAGGACUAUUAAAAGGUAAAAAGCAAUUAAGAAUAAAAUGGAAUAUUUAAAUUUUUGAAAGAGGCUGACCUGGAUGAUACUGCAGGGUCAUUCUGUGAUUUAUAAAACUGGGGAAAAGGUGUUACCUUAAAAUUAUUUCUGUAUGUUCAAUGAGUGUUAUGAAUGGAAAAUGUUCUUUAUUCUUUUCCUAUUGAUGCCUGUGGUUAUCUUAGUUUCUUGCACCAGUAUGUGGUUUCUUCUGAAAACAUUAUCAGUUUGUUUUAGGUUAUGUAUGUUAAUAGAACCUGCUGGGAACGUGUUCAUCUACAGGAUGAACACAUGUUUUUCUAGCUAUCCCUUCUGUGUGCAACAGCAAACUACAAUUAAUGGUCAUUUGGAGAUGUCUGUAAUGAUAACAGAAUAAAAUUAUUCAUAUUAUAUUUACAUUAUAUUUGCAAAGUUACACGUGUGUCUAAUAUUUUAUAUCACUGUCAAAAGUAUUAGUUGCAAGAGUGACAUAGAGAUGAUAUCACAUUUGCUAGAGUACCAUGUAUUUUGUUACAUUUAGGGGAAAAAAUUUGGUUGUAAUACUAGUAGUUAGGGAUAUAGUUUAGUAUGUAUACAAAUGCAGAUUUGUCUCUAGUUUAGGCACAAUAUGUCUCUGUUAAACUGGAAUUUAAUAGACAAAACUGUACUGAAAUGAUUAUCGAUAGUGCUAUAUACUAUAUAAGCAUUAUGCUUGAGCUGAACUCAUCUUUUAGUGUAAUAAUAUGAGUUCCUGUUAAGCUUUCUGAAUAUAAAACAGUACUUCAAAUAUUUAAAUUGUCUUAUCAUUUAAUUUUUGUUUUCUUCAGAAAUCUAACCUCAAAAUUAUAUGUUUACUUCAGUUUAUUGUUGCCAGUUGCCAGUUUAAACUUCAUGGAUAGAGAUUAUAUACUAUUUUAUCUGUCUUGUGCUUCUGGGUCACAUGCUCGCACAUCAUCCACAUUUGUAUAUUCUGAUUUUGUAACUAACAUAGUAACAAGGUUCUUACACACAAACAUGAAGUGUAAAUUUAGUAGUGUUUGAUAUUAUUUUUUGUAUGAAGGAAAGUACAGUUAUGCUAUUUUACAAUUGUAUAUACAAUAUAUAUAUUAUACAUACACACUCAUAUUUAAGAGAUGGGAGGAAAAAUUGCAGUAGAUAUUGUUUUUUUUAAUUAUAAACACUAUAUUGCUGUAGUUGCACAUAUUCAUCUGUUAAAUAUGAUGCCUAAAAUAUGUUUCAAAAUAACUUUAAAAAAAGACAGAAUUGUAUUUUCUACAUUGAACAGCAGAUGUUGCAUAUACUAUACAAAUAACUAUAGGAAUAAAAUGUUCACUCCUCUAA